AAAGCCUGUCUUUUCAGCAACAACGCGAUGAAAGAAGCAUCAGUCUCUACUGAUUUUAUUAUUAUUAUUAUUACUUUAUUAUUAUUAUUAUUAUUUAUUUUUUAAUCGAACAGCUAUACUAAGUAUAUCAGCGCGUCGGAAUAUAAAACCACAUGUUAGGAACUGCUCUUGUGGAAUUUUAAUCUCUCUGGCGAAAUUUCUUGGGAACUGCCUUGGACAUGGGAAUUGACAGAGUGUGUAUUAAAAAAAUGUAACUUUUAAUACAGACUGUCUUUGGCCAGCAUAUUCAUCAGAAUUUCUGAGUUUACUUUCCUUAUAGUUCUGAGAGAAAAAGCUUCCCAGAUGGAAAAAAUCAAGCUCACACUCAAGCAGGGGAUAAACAUUGCUUGAAAUGGAGUCUGGCUGGACUGGAAUCAAUGGCAGUGAGGAAAUUGGGAGAGUAUGACGAAUUUGCAGAACCCAUGCUUAGUAAGCAAUCUAAAAAAACGAGGCUUGUAAACUCUGGGAUUCAGUGUUUAAAAGAAUGAGGAGAGUUCACAUAAAAGGAGAUGUGCUUUGCACCCUAAUAUUACUGGUACUACUCUGUAUAUUGUGGUAUGCGCACCAGAGUUUAACGCCUAGCUGGGGGACGGUGCGCAUCGACCAUGUCUCUAGCAGUUCUAGAGCACUUCUUGGGGCACCAGCAAAAGGAAUCUUGCCACCCUCUCCAACUUGUGAUCAUUGUGAACCUACAGUCCAGGGGCAAGCUAAAUCUAAACCACAGACUAAAUUAAAAUCUCCAAAACGUCAAGUCAAAUCAAAGAAAAAAGAUGGGAGGAAGAAGGCUACAGCAAAACCUGUGACUGUACCCACUCUUCCUCAGUUUGACUUUGAGGAUUACCUUCGUAAGAAAGACCAGCGGGAGUUCAGGUUGCUCAUUGACCAGCCAGAGAAAUGUAAAGGGCCUAAAGGUGCACCAUAUUUGCUGAUUGCCAUAAAAUCAGUAGCGGUAGACUUUGACAAGCGACAGGUUGUGCGACACACCUGGGGUACAGAAGGUGUAGCCCAGAAAGGAAUGAACAUCAUGACUGUUUUUCUUCUUGGAGUGCCCCAUAAUUUAACAGCGCUUCCCUUGUGGGAUAGGUUGUUGGCAUAUGAAAGCCAAAUGUUCAAGGAUAUUCUGCUCUGGGACUUUGAGGACACUUUCUUUAAUCUGACACUUAAAGAAAUUCACUUCCUGCAGUGGGUCAACUCAAGCUGUUCAGACGUGAAGUUCAUUUUCAAGGGUGAUGCAGAUGUCUUCGUGAACAUUGAGAACAUUCUGGAAAUGCUUAGCGGCAGACCAGCUGGUGAGGACCUUUUUGUCGGAGACAUUAUCUUCCAUGCAAAACCAAUUCGGAGACGGAACAGUAAAUAUUUUGUGCCUGAAUUUAUAUAUGGCCAGGGCAUCUAUCCUUCAUACGCAGGAGGCGGAGGUUUUGUCAUGUCGGGCCACACUGCACUUCGGUUGCAUUUGGCCUGCAAGGAAGUAGAACUCUUUCCCAUAGAUGACGUCUUCCUGGGAAUGUGUCUGCUCAGGCUCGGUCUUAAGCCGAGCCGCCACGAGGGCUUCCGUACCUUUGGAAUCGUGCGUCCAUCAGCGGCACCACACCUGCAGGUGUUUGACCCAUGUUUCUACCGAGAGCUGAUGGUGGUGCACAGCUUGAAUGUGCCACAGAUCUGGCUCAUGUGGAACCUCCUACAUGACCCCAGCCUACGUUGUCAUACUAAUCAUGCUCAUACUGCCGAACCCUUUAAGUGGAUAAAAAACCCACAUAAACAAGCAGAGACUGAGGAUUCUCAUAAACCUGACUAUGACAUGCAAGUGUUUAUGAAGCACUGAGAUGUUCAUGCUGUGAAAUGUCUACAGAUUUGAAUGUAAUAGGUUUGUUAUUGACAGUUUCAAACUGAUUAUGUUUUCCCUGUCUACUGCUGGCACUGUUACAAUCUAUAAAAGCUAACUGUGGAGGCCAAGGACAUUUUCUAGGGACAGUAAAGCCCAAGGGAACAGAGCCAGUUCUGCCUUAUCAAAGCCUACAGGCUAAUCUUAAUGACAGGCAUGUGGAAUAAUGUAGAUACUCAAAUUGUACCACUUAUCAUCACCAAUACUCUUAAGCAUGGGUUUGGACUUCAAAUGGUUUUUAGCUUUUGCAGUUGGAACCAGGGUCGUUUCUAGGAUUUGAAAACAUCAGGGGCUGAGCCCGAAACAUCAGGGGAUAUUUAGGGAGAGAGGGUAAGCAAGAAUAACAUGUUUUGUAAAGACAUUUUUAAGUAAUAUUGUUUAAUAAUAAACACAAAUGAACACAGUGUGCAACUUUAGAAAAUUUCAUUCAAUCUUU